GCCGGUAAGCGCGCGCAGUGGGUGUUUUCUGAUUAAACACAGAUGGAGCCACUUUUCAGUCCUGCGCUUUACAGGCAAAGACAUCAAUUUGUCAUCGAUUUUGUCAAGCGGAACAAACCCAGAAAGGUGGUGGACUUGGGCUGUGGCGAGUGCAGCCUCCUGAAAUGGCUCCGGUUUCACCGUGAAAUUGAACAUCUAGUUGGAGUGGACGUCAACGGUACCAGAGUAAAGAAAAACAUGCUUGGACUAGCUCCUUUAUCAGCCGAAUAUCUACAGCCAAGUUAUCACCAGCUGUGUGUCGAGUUGUACCAGGGCUCAGUCACACAAAAAGACGCCCGCCUCAGAGGAUUUGAUCUGGUGACCAGUAUCGAGCUCAUCGAGCACCUCACUCUUGCUGAUGUGCAGCGCUUCUCUGAGGUGGUGUUUGGUUACAUGACUCCAGUGGCUGUUAUCGUCAGCACCCCAAACUUUGAGUUCAACCCCCUUCUACCUGGAUUGAUCUCAAGAUUCAGGCACAGUGACCACAAGUUUGAGUGGACCAGAGCAGAGUUCAGAUCCUGGGCUCAGAAGGUGUGUUUGGACUUUGGUUAUGAGGUGGAGCUCACAGGUGUUGGACAGGCACCAUCAGGCCAGCAGGAGCGAGUUGGCUUCUGCUCUCAGAUCGGUGUGUUUCACCGGCUCGGGGCGAAAGACGGCAGCAACGUUCUGUUUGCUGAUGAUGCAGAUGAUGUAUCCUCAUACACACUGCUGUAUAGUGUUAACUACCCCAGCCUGCGUGACAACAACAUCUUGCAGAGGGUCCUGCUAAGCGAGGUGUUGUGCUGGGCUGAAAAACUAAAGAGUAGAUGGAUCCAGGAGGAAACUGGUGAGAGGGAUGACAAGGAGGGAGGAGGGGCGGCGUGUCUCUCACAGCAGCACAGGGAGACGGAGAAAAGGCAGACAGCAGUAUGUGGAGCAGAAAUGAAGAGUCCAGUGGAGCAGUGUUGGAGAGCUGCAUCAGAAUAUGAGCAGGAAGAGGUGCCCGGGACAAAUGGCCAAGAACAAAAGGUGUCUGCUACGCAGCACAGGUGUGUGUCUGUACCCUUGGCUGAGCUGUGGUCCUGCAGUCCAAAAAUCAGUACCCUGAGUGGAAGUCUGAGUAAUCUCAGAUGCCUACUGAUGAACAACCCCAGAGUCAAACUGAGCCAGGAUGGCUGGGCUGUGCUUGUAGAUUACCAGGACCAAGAUCAUGAAGAAGAGGGUUGUGAUGAUCUGGAGCACAGUGAUUAUGCACAGGCCAGCCACUUUUCCCACAGUGCUGAGCUAGAGGAUGACUGGGAGGCAGAUGUUUGAUCUGGAGGAGGCAGCAUUGUCUUCAGGACAAGCAGGUGACUUGUUCAAAUUUAAUACAUGAAAGAUGCGUCAGAUGGACUAAUAAAUCCCAAGAUGCUCAGUGGAAACGUUGGAUUUUGGUUUGGUUAGAUGACUUGUUAGGACUGCAGUUUUGGCCUUUAAACUUUGUGUACAGCCACUUAAUCCAAAUGUAAAUGCCACAAUAAAAUACUGCACUGUAAGAAAA